GAGCCAGGCGCUGCCCACGUCCCCAGUCCGGCGGCGGGAGGCGGGAGCAGCCGAGGGGAGGCGGCGAGGCGAGGGACCGGGACAGUCGCCGCGGAGGGAGGGACGGGAAGAUGAGCCCCUCGCCGAGCCUGGUGCCCUCCCUGCUCUCUGCCAGCCUGGCGCUGAGCUCCCUGCUGCAGGGCACCGCAGGGGGCCCCAGCUUCAGCCCGGAGGCCUGGCUGCAGCAGUACGGGUACCUCCCCCCCGGCGACUUGCGGACCCACACCCAGCGCUCGCCCCAGUCGCUCUCGGCUGCCAUCAGCGCCAUGCAGAGCUUCUACGGCCUGCGGGUCACUGGGACUGCAGACGCCGACACCAUGAAGGCCAUGCAGCGGCCCCGCUGCGGUGUCCCGGACAAGUUCGGGGCCGAGAUCAAGGCCAACGUUCGGCGCAGACGCUACGCCAUCCAGGGCCUGAAAUGGGAGCACAACGAGAUUACGUUCUGCAUCCAGAACUACACACCCAAGGUGGGUGAGGCAGCCACGUUUGAAGCCAUCCGCCGGGCCUUUGGGGUGUGGGGGGCAGCCACGCCACUGCGCUUCCGCGAGGUGCCCUACGCCCACGUGCGCCAGGGCCGGGCGCCGCAGGCCGACAUCAUGAUCUUCUUCGCUGAGGGCUUCCACGGUGACAGCACCCCCUUUGAUGGGGAGGGGGGCUUCCUGGCCCAUGCCUACUUCCCCGGCCCCCACAUUGGCGGUGACACCCACUUCGACUUGGCCGAGCCCUGGACCGUCCGCAACGAUGACCUCAAUGGGAACGACAUCUUCCUGGUGGCCGUGCAUGAGCUGGGCCAUGCGCUGGGGCUGGAGCAUUCGAACGACCCCUCGGCCAUCAUGGCGCCCUUCUACCAGUGGAUGGACACCGAGAACUUCGUGCUGCCGGAAGAUGACCUGCGCGGCAUCCAGCAGCUCUACGGGAGCAAGUUGGGGGUCCCCACCAAGGCCCCCCCGGUGCCCCGCACCACGGCCAGGCCCCAUGUGCCUGACGAGCCCAACAACCCCCCCUAUGGUCCCAACAUCUGCGACGGCAACUUUGACACCAUUGCUGUCCUGCGUGGGGAGAUGUUCGUCUUCAAGGAGCGCUGGUUCUGGCGGGUCCGGAACAACCGGGUCAUGGACGGGUAUCCACUCCCCAUUGGCCAGUUCUGGGUCGGUCUCCCGGCAUCAAUCAGCACGGCCUAUGAGAGGAAAGACGGGAAAUUUGUCUUCUUCAAAGGUGACAAGCACUGGGUGUUCGAUGAAGCCAUCCUGCAGCCUGGGUACCCCAAACCUCUCCGGGAGCUGGGCCGGGGGCUCCCCACUGAUCGCAUCGAUGCUGCCCUCUUCUGGAUGCCCAGCGGGAAAACCUACUUCUUCCGGGGCAACAAAUAUUACCGUUUCAAUGAGGAGAGCCGCUCAGUGGAUGCCGAGUACCCCAAGAACGUCGCCGUCUGGGAGGGGAUUCCUGAGUCACCCCGUGGGGCCUUCAUGGGCAGCGAUGAAGCCUUCACCUAUUUCUACAAGGGCGGCCGCUACUGGAAGUUCAACAACCAGCAGCUGCGGGUGGAACCGGGCUACCCCAAGUCGGCGCUGCGGGACUGGCUAGGCUGCAGGGGCGGCCGGCGCGAGGAUGAAGAGCGGGAGGAGACCGAGGUCAUCGUCAUCGAGGUGGACGAGGCGGGAGGCGGGGCGGUGGACCUGGCUGCCGUGGUGCUCCCCGUCAUGUUGCUGCUCUGCGCCCUGGCGCUGGGUGCCGCCGUCCUGGUCUUCAAACGCCGUGGGACCCCCAAGCGGCUGCUGCACUGCCAGCGCUCCCUGCUGGACAAGGUGUGAGGGGUGGGGCUCCCCAGCCCUGCCUGCCUCCCUGGCCCCACCCCCUGCUGGACAAGGUGGGGGGCGGGGUUCCCCUGGCUCCUCCCCAGCUCUGCCCCCCCUGCUGCACAGCCAGCACUCCCUGCUGGACAAGGUGUGAGAGGCGGGGCUUCUCUCUGGCUCCUCCCCUUAAGCUCCUCCCCUUCCCUGCUGGACAAGAUGUGAAGGGUGGGGGCUUCCCCUUGGCACCUCCUCCUUUCUGACAUUCCUUUCUCCCCCCCCCCCCCCCCCGAAGCGUGCUGAGCGCGCUCAGUAGCCUGCGGGGUGACCCCUGACCCCCUCCCCUUGUGUAACCAUGUGUCCUUUGACCUCCUGGGGAAAGGUCAAAGUUCAGGUCCUUCAGCUUCCCCUAUGACCUCUCAACUUUCACCUCACCAGAGGGGAAGCCAAUGGGAGACAGCAGUGUGAUUGCCUCCGCAAAGGUCAUGCUGGCUCCUCCCCCCAGUCUUGGGCUCAUGACCUAGCCCAUCAGCUUGGCUCUAUUUCCCCUGUUUGUCGGGUUGGGUUGGGCUGAAUCUCCCAUUGGUCUGUGUACAAAGUUGGGGGUAGGGCCAUCUGUGGAAUGGAGGACCCUGGUUGGCCCUCAGGUACUUUAGACAGGGCCUUGGGAACCCAGGGGUGGAGCUGCAGAGGGGGAGGGGCCAUAAGAACUAUGGGGGUGGAGCUAGUAAAAGAGGGAUGGCAUUUGGCUGAAGGGGGUGGGGCUUUAGCAUUAAAUGGCCGGGUCUAUGCAGAUAAGGGGGCUUUGCAUUCCAGUGGGCUGGGCUACACAGAUGAGGGGGCUUUGCAUUCUAGUGGGUGGGUCUAUGCAAAUAAGGGGACUUUACAUUACAGUGGGCGGGGCUAUGCAGAUGACGGUUGCCAUGCAGUACAAUGGGCAGAGCUAGGUCAAACCAAGGUCAAACCCAGGACGUUCUAAUGGGCGGGGCUAGAGGAGCCGGGGAUGAUGGGAAAACAGGCACGGUGCUCAUGGGGCAGCAUGAUGUAUUUGGGGGCAGAGCCAAAGGAAGGGGGUGGGGCCUUAUUUUGCCCCCACUUUCCUGCAGGGCCACAGGGAAUCUUGCACCCCCCCCCCCCCCCCGAGUAAUAGGGGACCACAGCCCAGUAGGGGUCACCCAGGUGUCAGAGACCAUCCCAUAGACUCUGCCUAGGAAAGAGUCCCUGUGGGGGGCAGGGACCAUGGCUGGAUCCAGUUUGGGAUGAAUGGGGCAGAUGGGGGGCUGGCUAGGGGGUGCACUGUGGGCCCAGUUUGGGGGUUUAUGGGCUGGUUCAGUGGAGCAAGGGUCAGGUUUAGGGGUCCCCUCCUCUUUCCUCUUCAGUGUUGGGGAGGGGUCUCAUUGUUUGGGUUUUUUUUAAAUGUAUAAUUUUUGUAAUAAAAAACUUAAUUAUUGUAUAGAACAAAAGGCAAUUAACUAAAAUCAGUGUGUAAGCGGGAGAGGGGGUGGUACAGUGGGGUGCAGGGGGAUGCCCCUCAAUUCCCGCUGGCCGGGACAAGGGGCCUGCUUUGCCCCGCACCCGCUUCGCAGGGAUUUUCACCCGGGUGUUUUGAAACCGUCGGAUUAAAGUGCUUUCUGGGGGGAGGGUUGUUUUUUGUCUCUCUGGGUAUUUUUCAAUGUAUUAUUGUUAUUAAUUAAUAUUAUUUUGCUAUUGAGUCAGCGCAUUUCUGGGGAAAUCGUCUCAGUUGAAUUGUUGGGCUUUUUAUUAACGUGGCCGUGGGUUUUAGCAGAUAUCGCUCGGGGAACGUACGUGCCAUGAAAACGCCCAGAGAUUUCGGCUGCAGAUAUCACUCUUCGUAAUAAACCCCCCUUUCUGAGGAUUUAUUAUGAUUUUGCUCUUAAUAUUCACCACCGAUUGCUGGGGAAAGUGUAUAAAUCGUGCGGGUAAUUUCUGUCGGGCCAGCCAGCACAGCGGUUACUCUUCCAUGGCAGUAAGAACCCAGGGCAACUUGAAUGAAAUCCCAGGAAUUGGGGUUGUUUGAACUUUCGGGGUGUGUGGGGGGGUAUUAGCAAUUUUCCCUAUUUUUAAACCUCUAGCAUCUGGGGAAAUUGAAUAAAACUGGCAGCUGGUUUGCAGAGGCUUUUAUUAGCAAUUAUUGGGCCAUUAAUCAUUAACGGCUGUUAUUAAAAGCCCCAGGACAUUUUAACUAUCUUCAGCAGGGAACUGGAAUUAACAACUCAUUAACCCCCAAUCGCUGCAUCCAAAAUGCUGGUGUGACUGUUAAAAAUGUCCCAGGAAAUUACUGUCAUUUGUGUCAGCUCUUAAGAAUCAAUAUCCAUCCUAUCGCGCCAUCGGCAGGGCCUUUCCUGGCUAUUAUUUCCAGAUGGUCGGUUUGAUGAAACCCAAGAGCAGGCACAUUUAAGAAACAAGCCGCGUUUGAAUUGCUAAAUAAAUGGGGAUUUUCAGAUCCUGCCCUCGCUCCUCAAGAGACACCCCCAUUUUCCAGGGACGAUUCAGGCCUUUCUGCUCCUCUCUUGGGUGUCCUGCAGUUUCUUUGAGAUAUUUGUUAUUAGUUGCAAAAUCCUAAUAACAAAGAAGUCAUUUCCCGGGGGGAUGGGGACUAAAAACGUGGUAGGAAAACGCCCAGUUUUGUUCUUGAUCUGAGGAAAAUCAAUCUGAAUAAACUGUAAGUCAAAUUAUCCAGAAAUUCACCUGGUUUUGGUGUGAUCUCGCCAUCUCCAGAGUGGAAACAACAAAAGUGCAGGGAUUUCAUGGUUCAAUUGUCCAGAGAUUUCAGAAUUAUUCUGUCCUGCCUGGCAAUGAAAACCCUGUGGGAGUUUCAUACACAGCCGGAUUUCUACACAAUGUUGUGGUUUUAUGUUAUGAUCUUCCUUGACUUACAUCAGCGUUUUCCUGGGCACUGAAUUACGACAUUGCAGUUUUUCUUCCUCUUUCGCUGUUAGAAAUAAACAAACCCCAGUUUUGGGAAGAAUUGGAUACACUGGGGGAUUCUCAGUGCGUCCUUCCAGAAUCUCUCUCCUUGUAACACAAACCUGGCUCCAGGGCCACUGGAAACAUUUCCAGGGUCUCGUGUUUUCAAGUUGUUUGUUUCAUUUGAAGGGAUUUUUUUGGUUCAUGUUGGCAGGCAGCUUUGGAGGAGAAAAUUAGCCAAAAAAUGGGGAUUUGGGGACAUUUGUCAGGGGAUGUUUUGGUUUUGUUUUUGUUUUUUUUUUUUAAGAAAAAUCAAUGAAUAAAAAGUAUUUUUUUUUUUUUUGCAAA